UCUGGCAUCACCCAUGUGUAUGUGCGCCAGGUGGUUGGCGGUGUGCCGGUCUCCAAUGGCCUGGCUAACGUCAAUAUUGACAAGAAAAACCGCAUUAUCUCGUCUAGCAGCUCGUUCGCGCCCGCUGAUGUUGUGAGCAAGGUCAAGCGCGACAACAGCGGGUCGCUGGUUGCCCGCGCCAGCGAGACCGCUACUCUCAAGAAUGCCUUCAAGGCCCUGACCGACGAUGGUGCCAAGUAUGAAAUCACCAAUGUCCCCAAGCAGGCUGCUGUUGACGGCAAGUCCGCUGCUACCAAGGCAUACAUCCAGACUGCCGAGGGCAAGCUGGUGCCUGUCUGGGAGAUCACUCUGCAGCAGGAUAGCCACUGGUGGAGCGCGCAUGUCAAUCAGGACUCCAACAAGGUUGAGGCCAUCAAUGACUGGGUCAGACGCGCUGAGUCCUACAACGUGUACCCGCGUACCGUCAACACUCCGGCUGAAGGCGUGCGCCAGAUCGUCACCAACCCGGCCCAUGGCACAGCUAGCCCGUAUGGUUGGGUCUCUGGCUCCACGACCACCGGCAACAAUGUCUGGGCGCAGAACAACCCCACUGGCGGCAGCACAUGGCAAAACAACUAUCGCCCGAGUGCUGUCAACGGUGUAUUUAAUUCGCCCAUGAAUGUGAACCAGGACCCGUCGUCCUAUGUUGAUGCUGCCAUCACCCAGCUGUUCUACAGCAUCAACGUCAUGCACGAUCUGUCGUACCUGUAUGGGUUCACUGAGGCUGCUGGCAACUUCCAGGGCGUAAACUAUAGCGGCCAAGGUGCUGGAAACGACUACGUGGUUGGAUUUGCUCAGGACGGAUCCGGCACCAACAACGCGUAUUUCGCUACUCCUCCCGAUGGUCAGAACGGUGUCAUGCGCAUGUUCGUGUGGACCCAGACCAGCCCGCGCCGCGACGGUGACUUUGAGCAGGACAUUGUUGCUCACGAGUUUACUCACGGUAUCUCGAACCGUUUGACCGGUGGUCCGUGGAACGCCAACUGUUUGACCAGCGGCGAGCCCGGCGGCAUGGGUGAGGGCUGGAGUGAUGCCGUUGCUAACAUUCUGCGCCUCAAGCCUGGAGACACCCGCGCACGCAACCUCAUCAUGGGCCAGUACGUUGCCGGCCGCGGCAUCCGGUACUACCCGUACUCGACGUCGACCACUACCAACCCGACGUCGUACGGUGACCUCGACAGCGGCACCUUCCAGGAGGUCCACGCCAUUGGUGAGAUCUGGGCUGAGAUGCUGUAUGAGGUCAUCUGGAACCUUAUUGAUGCCAGAGGCAUGGCAGCCGAUCUGUUCUCGCACGAUCUGACCAAGGGUAACUCGAUCGCGCUCCAGAUCAUCCUCGACGGUAUGAAGCUGCAGCCGUGCAACCCGACCUUUCAUUGACGCCCGCAAUGCCAUCAUCCAGGCCGAGCAGCAGCUCACGGGCGGUGCGAACAGGUGCGCUGUCUGGAGAGGCUUCGCCAAGCGCGGACUCGGUGUCAACGCCUACGGAUACCCUGGCUACUACCAUGUCGAGGACUACUCGGUCCCCAGCGGCUGCUAAAUCCCCGCAUAGCCCUGGUCAAAAGCCCCUACCGACGUUAUAG